AAAAAUUAAUUACUGUCAGCUUGCUUGUGCUUCAUGUCAUAUACAAGAGGGUGCCAAAUUAUAGGCAUGUACCUAAGACACUUCUUUCUCCACACACGACCCAAAAUGAAAGUUUUAGCAAUUGAAAGUUUCUUUCUGGGGCUAGUUCUUCUAUGCAUGAUUAUAUGGAGAAUACUGUCAACCAGCCACAAAAGAAACAAAACCUUACUACCACCUGAACCCUCUGGCGCAUGGCCUUUGAUAGGACAUCUGAGGAUUCUCAAUAGUCAAAUUCCCCUUUUCCGAACUCUUGGAGACCUGGCUGAUAAGCAUGGACCAGUUUUUUCAAUAAGGCUUGGCAUGAGACGCACGCUUGUUAUUAGUAGCUGGGAAUCUGUGAAGGAAUGCUUCAAAACCAAUGACCGAAAAUUCCUAAAUCGUCCGAGUGUUGCUGCUUCAAAAUACAUGGGUUAUGAUGAUGCCUUCUUCGGAUUCCAUCCGUAUGGAGAAUACUGGCUUGAGAUGCGAAAGAUCGCAACGCAAGAGCUUCUGUCGAACAGCAGGCUUGAGCUGCUCAAGCAUGUGAGAGUUUCGGAAAUAGAAACAUGCAUCAAGGAAUUGCAUACAACUUGUAGCAAUGGUUCCGUGUUGCUGGACAUGAGUCAAUGGUUUUCCUGUAUAGUUGCGAAUGUGAUGUUUCGACUAAUUGCGGGGAAGAGAUAUUGUGGUGGUACUGGCAAAGAUUCAGGAGCUUGUGGAAGAUUAAUCAAAGAGUUCUUUUACUUGAGUGGGGUAUUAGUAACGUCUGAUUUGAUUCCCUUUACUGAAUGGAUGGAUUUUCAAGGACAUUUGAAAUCUAUGAAGCGUGUUGCCAAGGAGUUGGACGAUGUUGUGAGUGGGCAGUGGCUUGUAGAACAUCUUCAGCGUAGGGAAGAGGGCCUGGUGAGGAAAGAAGAGAAGGACUUCAUGGAUGUCAUGUUAGAAUCAUUAGAUUCUCUUGCAAUAGGUGAAGAACCCAUCUUCGUAUACAAAAGAGAAACCAUUGUCAAGGCAACUGCGCUGAAUCUUCUAUUAGCAGGCAUAGAUACUACAUCUAUCACUUUGACAUGGGCCCUGUCUCUUCUACUUAACCAUACUGAAGUGCUGAAAAGAGCGCAGAAAGAGAUUGAUAUCCAUGUAGGAACAACAAGAUGGGUAGAAGAAUCAGAUAUCAAGAACUUAGUGUACCUUCAAGCCAUUGUGAAGGAAACCUUGAGACUAUACCCUCCUGGCCCCCUAUUGGUACCACGUGAGUCCUUGGAAGAUUGCUACGUGGAUGGCUAUCUCGUUCCUCGAGGCACUCAAUUACUAGUUAACGCGUGGAAGCUUCAUCGAGAUGCACGAAUAUGGGAAAAUCCAUAUGAGUUCCAUCCUGAGAGGUUCCUUACGAGCCAUGGAUCAACAGAUGUUAGAGGUCAGCAGUUUGAGUAUGUUCCAUUUGGUUCAGGGAGAAGAUCGUGCCCUGGGAUUUCUUCUAGCUUGCAAAUGCUUCACUUGACGCUUUCUCGGUUGCUUCAAGGCUUCAAUUUCAGCACCCCAAUGAAUGCUCAAGUUGACAUGAGUGAAGGCUUAGGACUCACCAUGCCGAAAGCAACGCCAUUAGAAGUUGUUCUUACGCCGCGCCUUGAGAAUGAGAUCUACCAACAUUAGAGCAUGUUUUUGCAAUAUUGUGGUCUCUUGCUAUUCUGUGAUCUGUGCUCUAUAGCGUCAGUUUUCUGUUCUGAAAGUAGCUGGAGAUGAGUAUCAGAGUUUGUGUUGGGGAGUUUUCACUAGCUAUCCUUGGUGGUUCGUGUGGUAUCUAGGGAUUAGGCUAGUCUAGUUUUGUCUUUCGUGGGUGCUUAACUAAAAUUUUGGCUGUGUUUUUCCUUCCAUCCCUUUUGUUUUGCCCAUCUCAGGUACUCUAUGCCUUCUCAGGCUUUUUCAUUCAGCUUGUAUGUUAAUAUGUGUUUCUUAGCAGGGCAGGUCCACAAUUUAAUACCUUAUGAUCCUUCAGUCAAAGCAUGCAUUGUAUAUGUGAAACUCUCUUGUAUGGCUUGAAUCCAAACUGAAAUUCUAUACAUUAAAUAUUGAUUGAGAAGGAGA